AUGUUUAAAAUUUUAAUUAAGUAAUUUAUAUGACAUUAUAAUUAAAAUAUUAAUUGUAGUUUAUUCUGUAUUAUUUUAUGAUAAUAAGAAUACUGUGCUAAAUGGAGGGUAACAAUACCUAAUUUUUAGAUUAUUUACUAGUUACAUUCGUAGGAAUGAAUACUAACACAUCUCAAUUUUCUUCAUAUAACUUCAUAUGUUUAGUGUACAAACAUGAGUGUAUCGAUAUUGUCAUCUAGAAUUCGUUAGAAUUUUGUUGUUUUUCAAACAAAAAAUGGAACGUCUCCAAAUACAAGAAGCAUUUACUACAUUAAAACCACUUUGUGAUUCUUUAAUAAAAAAUCCAGAUGCAAAAACUGCUCGCGAUAUUGCUAAUGCUUUGCCAAAUAUUUCAAACAAAGUUAUUCAGAAUUUGUUUGAAUAUAUUUUAUUUCCCUUUAUUAUUCAUCUACCAAAUAACACAUUAAGUAAAACUAUGAAAGAAGAGUUAGUCAAGACAACGCAGGCAAUAAUAUCAAGAACAAAAAUAUCAAAAGCAAAAUACUUUUGUGAACUAUAUUCAUGCCUUUUAAUACAAAUUUAUGACAAAUCGCAACAAAGUAUGGUGAUUUUGGGACAUGAAGAACUCAAAGAAGCAGUACUUUCAUGCAUUAAAACUUUGAUACAUUCGUGUUUCACAGAUGUUUUAGAAAUCAUAUAUACUAGAGAGAAUGCUCCUAAAAUAGGACAAGGAAUAUUGUUGUCAAUGACAAUAGGAAGGUUUGAAAAAUCUGCUUCCCUGAGAUUAAAUGCUGUUGAAACAGUAAUGACAUUAUGUCAAGUUGAUGACGAAUCAAAUAGAUUUGAUAUAAUAUUGCAAGAUCAAGUAGCUGAUAUUAUUAUGUUAUUUUUACCUGGUAUUGUCAGUGGUUUACAGGAAAUAGCUAUGGGAAGUGAAACACAAGGACACAAACUUACAAUGAUAGCACUAAGAGCUUGGGGCAGAAUACUAACUCUCGUAAUGAAAGAUAAAGAAACAUACCAAGAAGAUGAUAUACCAUCCUUGAGUGAUUUAAUCAAAAUAAAUAAUGAGAAUAUUAAUCCACCAGAAAGCUUCCCAAAUAUGAAAAAUCAAAGUGAAUUAGAGAAACAUCUUAAAAGUGCAACAAGAAAUAAAGAAUGGUUUAGUGCUUGUGCAACUAAACUUAAUGUACUUAUCCAACAACUAUAUAUAUUAACAAGACAUUCUCAUUAUAAAGUUAGGGAAGAAUUAAUUGAAAAUAUUCAUUUAUUGCUUACAUUAUGCCCCAGGAAUAUGAAACCAAAUAUUAUGUUACUAAUAGAAUAUUUAAUAUCUCUAUCGGAGGAUGAAUUUCCAGUAGUACGAGAUAAAGCUGAAGAAGUACUAACUGCAAUCAAAAUAAAUUUCAUGCGAGAUAAGAAUAUGAGAUCCUUAGUGGAAUUGUUAGAAGAAAACUUUUAUGAUCUGCUUACAAAAUUACCUAGGAUUAUCAGGAAGUCUGAUGAUAAUGAUCAGUUAUCAUGCUUAAAUCAAAUUGCUGGUUACUUAAAACUUCUUGGAGAACAAAGAUUGCCUCGUGUUAUGAUGUCAGCACCUCACGUUAACAGACUAAUAUUGGCUCUUGUAUAUGUAUCUGAAAUAGAUUGUAGUAAUAUUUCUCUUUUGCAAGCGAUAAAUGUUAAGGAUCUUGAUGAUCCAGCAUACUCAUAUGGAACACAUUUGUGGAGACGAUUUAAAUUCAUCCAAACUAAUGAAUGUGAAGCGAAAGUUAUUGCAAUAUGCAAAUAUUUAGGUGAAUUUGGAGAUCUUCAAAUUGUAGUAGAUACUAUUUUUGGUCUCAUGUUCAAUGCACCACAACAUAGAAAAGAGUUAAUCUUAUUACUAAACUGGAUAAUAUAUGUACCUAUUAAGGAUUUAUCAAUUUUACCAAUUUAUGAGGAAAUUGUUGAAUUUUACAUAAAUCCUGAAUUUUGGUAUCCACCAAUUGAAACGAAUAAAGAUAUACCUUUACGAGUUGCACAAGGCAAUGUAGUACAAUGUUGCUUAUUACUAGAAGGUUUGGGAUUAAUAGCUACAAAUUUGAAACGCAAUUAUGAUAGACUUCUCCUUAAAACAUUAUAUAUUAUUAUAGAAAGAGCAGGUAGUGGACAUAGCUUAAUCAGUUUUGUUGGUACUCAAACUCUUGAACAAAUUGCAAAAUCUCAAGAACAUAAUACAGUAGGAGAUCUUCUACGUGCAAAUGUCGACUAUUUUUCAUAUCAUGUUAGUAUUAAAUUACGUAGGGUAGAACGCAAUCCUAAUGUACUUGAUGUUGUCGGAGUUGUCAUGAAAUAUAGCACAAUGGAUGUGUUACCCUGUUUGAAAAAUAUUGUCGAGGAUGUGCUACUACAGUUAAAUAGUAGUUUUCAAAAAAGAAAUUCUUAUGCUUUCUUAAAAGUUUUUUACACUUUUACAAUAUGUAUAAAAAAUUUAGUAAACUCUAAACAUGUGUCGACAGUACACGCACAGAGUGUAGAUACCAAAACUGAAUCUUUGAAAAUUAUUCAAUCUUUAUCAGAGUAUUAUGAAGCAAAAAGAGUUGACGAAUAUAUAGAUGACAUGGAACAAUCUUGUGAAAUUAAAGAGGAAAAGGAGGAAGGAAAAGUAGAAGUAGAAGUGAAUGAAAAAGAGAAUGAAUAUCAAGCAGAUUCUAUAGAACAAGAAGAAAAAGAAAAAAAUCCACCACCUUACAUUAAAAUGAUUGAAGAUGUAAUGAAGCAUUGUUUGCAUUUUUUACCAUCUAAAGAAAUACAAAAGUCACUGAUUGCAAUGUUAACCUUACAAGAGGGACUUGAGAUUUUGGCAAAUUGGGAAAACCAACUAUUACCCAUUGUGCACUUACUUUGGCAUCCACUAGUAGAUAGAUUUCAUGAUGGAAAUGUAUUACUAAUCAAUCGAGCAUGGCAAUUAUUAAAUACGCUCGCUGAUGUUUCAAAAGAUUUUAUACGAUCUAGAACGCUUAAGCAAGUAUUACCUGCACUUUCAAAAUUUCUAAGCAAUUCCUCAAAAGAAAGCUAUAACAAGAGCUCUGAAAGUAUCUAUAAGUUUACUCAAACUUAUAAAUUGCAAAAAGAAUUACUUUCUACUUUAGGGCAGAUAACAAAAAAUUUAUGUCUUCACGAACGAGAAACAUUCAGUGUUUUAAGUAUUGCAGAGCCAUAUCUUAACAAACAUCAAAAUCCCCUAUUACAAGUAUGUUGUGUACAGUUGUAUAAAGAUAUUGCGGAUUAUAAUAGUGAUAUCGUUUGGGUGAAAUGUCUUAGCAUAUUUAAUUCUAAAAUAAAAAAAAUCGUUCCGGAUGCAACAUUUGAUAUUAAAGACUUGAUGAUUGCCGAAAACAUUUCAAUAAAUGAAUACUUCAAAAAUGUACAUAUUAUUAUGAAAUACAUCCAAGAUAAGACUUCUGAUCUUUAAGUAUGAUGAAAGUAAAAAUAUAUGUAUUUUAAGAUUGAUAAAUAGAAACAUCAACGAAUUAUAGCAACAUUUAAAUAUCUUGUACAUAGUGUAAAUUUGUAUUAUAAUAAAUAUAAUUAUAGAUUUUUA